AGCGUCUUUCUUUUCUAGUUCCAUGAAUGAAGUCGUUCAUACGUCUCCGACUAUAGGCAGCAACGUGGAGGAGAUCGUGGUGAAUAACACUAGGUUUCUUAUGUGGGACAUUGGCGGUCAGGAGUCUCUCCGCUCCUCAUGGAAUACGUAUUAUACAAACACAGAGUUUGUCAUAGUGGUUGUGGACAGCACCGAUAGAGAGCGGAUCGCUGUGACCAGAGAGGAGCUGUAUAAAAUGUUAUCUCACGAGGACCUGAAGAAAGCCGGACUGCUGGUCUUCGCCAAUAAACAAGAUGUGAAGGAAUGCAUGACGGUAGCUGAAAUCUCCCAGUACUUGAAGUUGACUUCAGUGAAGGAUCAUCAGUGGCACAUACAGGCCUGCUGUGCGCUCACCGGAGAGGGCCUUUGUCAAGGACUGGAGUGGAUGAUGUCAAGGCUAAAAUCCAGAUGACCCCAGUGACACAUGAAGAGACAUUAGACUUCAGACACUGUAUUUAUGAAUCCCUGAACUGCUGCAAACCAAGUAUUUAUAUGCGUCGUGUCCCACAGGACCACACCAGACAUCAUGAUCCUACGGUUCCUAUCAAAGCUGUGAUUGACCUGACCCUUCUUUUUAGCCUGUAACCCCCCCAAACCCUCCACCCCACCCCCGCCCAUGGAAAGACAGAGAAUGUGGCUUUUAAAACUUUUUAUAUUGUAGCUCUGAUUCUUCACGGAUACCAGCGAGCCGACGAAUCAAGCAUAGACUGAGCAGUAUUGUACGCAGCCCACAGACAGGACAGCGAUUCUGUACAUAUCUCUGUAUUACCGGUGUGUACGCAUGCUCCUCCUAUGUUGGACCGAAGAAUGGCCUUGACCACAGGGACUAUUGCACAGUUCCGACUUGAAUGCUUUACUAUGUAAAAAUAUUAUUUGGCACUUUUUUUUUUUUUUUUUUCUCUAUUUUUGUGUUUUUGUUUUUUACUUUUUGUUUUAGACUUUUUAUUUUUAUUUUUUUAUUAUUGUACAUUCCUUGACCUGUGCCGGUUUGCAUGUCACGUUCCCUCUCCGUACCAUCGUUCUUUAUUUGACUUUUCUGCUCUUGCUGAAAUUAGUUUGACCCUAGUGAUAAUAAAGUAAGAUGGGGGGGAGGAGUACUCUGGUGUCAUUCCUUUACUGU